GAGUUCAGGCCUUGGUGGCUUUUCCCCCAGAGUGGCGCGUGGUCUACGCGGCAGUUGCUGGGAGCCAGGACCGCUCCCGGGGUAGCGAGGGAUGCUGAAGGAAUUGUAGCUAUCCAGACGUAUAAUGAGAGGACUCGUGCCAGAAUACAGUCACUGUAAUCCUUAGACACCUGGAUUACAAUUACUUCUGAUUUAUACAGGAAUGUAAUUGAACAUAGAGUAAAUCAAUGGUGGAAACUAUUUCAGUGCAUAAAAUAAAGAACUGAGUUUUCUGAUGUAUUGCUCUUAAGCAUGUACAUCACAGAACCACAAAAUGAACAUUUGGAGGAUAAAAACACCCCAUCAUCUACAACUCCUCAGAUCCUCAAAGAUAGUAUUCAUGAACAUGAAGAAACUAAGGAAAGUGUCUUGUCACAAACAGAGGAAACAAAACCACAGAAGGAAAAGAAGUAUUCUUGUCCUCCACAAGGAAAUUUGAAUAAAGUUAUUACAAACGGAGUUGCACUUUUUAUGUUAUGGUGUGUAGCCUGGUCAUUCUCAGGCCCCGAAGUUCUCCCUGGUGGAAAUUUAUUUGGACUAUUAAUUAUUUUUUAUAGUGCCAUGAUUGGGGGGAAAAUUUUGGAACUCAUUAGAAUACCUUCAGUGCCUCAACUUCCACCUCUUCUUGGGAUGUUACUGGCAGGUUUUACCAUCAGGAAUGUUCCAUUCCUCAGCGAUUACAUCCAUAUUAAUAACACAUGGUCUUCAACUUUAAGAAACACUGCCCUUACCGUUAUCCUAAUACAAGCUGGGCUUGGACUCGAUCCACAGGCUUUGAAGCAUUUGAAGAGAGUUUGUUUAAGAUUGGCUCUAGGUCCAUGCCUCAUAGAGGCAUGUUCAACUGCUGUUAUUUCCCACUUCCUUAUGAAUUUUCCCUGGCAAUGGGGAUUUCUUUUGGGUCUUUCUAUUAGUUUUGUAGUAGGCGCUGUCUCUCCUGCUGUUGUUGUCCCUUCCAUGCUACUUUUGCAAGAAAAAGGAUAUGGUAUUAAGAAAGGCAUUCCAACCUUACUAAUAGCUGCUAGCAGUUUGGAUGACAUCAUAGCAAUCACUGGAUUCAGUGCGUGCUUGAGCAUAGCCUUCUCCUCAGGCAGUGUACUUAAAAAUAUCCUCGCCUCUUUCCGGGACAUACUUAUUGGUGUGCUGGCAGGAGCUAUUUUGGGAAUUUUUGUUCGAUAUUUUCCAAGUGAAGAUCAGACAAAACUUUCACUGAAGAGAGCAUUCCUUAUUUUGAGUAUGUGUGUUUCCGCUGUCUUGGGCAGCCAUCAUAUUGGUUUACAUGCAGCUGGAGGAUUAUUCACACUAGCGUUGUCUUUUGUUGCUGGGGUAAACUGGUCCACGGAAAAGAUUAGAGUCCAAAGAGUUAUUAAAACUGUAUGGUGUAUUUUUCAACCCCUUCUUUUUGGUUUGGUUGGAUCAGAAGUAUCUGUUACAUCUCUUAAAUCAAAUGCUAUUGGCAUUUGUGUUGUUACCAUGAGUUUGGCAUUAUUGGUUCGAAUUUCUUGUACUUUUUUAUUGAUGUGUUUUGCUGGUUUUAGUUUUAAGGAGAAAAUAUUUAUUGCUUUAUCGUGGAUCCCCAAAGCUACAGUCCAGCCAAGAAACUAAUCAUCCAUGAUAAAGGCAAAUAAGCAAAACCCUGCUUCGUUUAAAACUCCUGAGGUUCUGCGAGUAAUGUGAGCACUCAAAAAAGAUACUUAAAUGGGAAAGCUGAGAUAAUAAGAAUACGAAACCAGCCCCCAAAUGUCUGCACGCUGAUUUGUCACUAUUUCACUUUUCGUCCAGGUAUAUUUACUAGGGAGAACAUAAAAUUGAUGAGUAAUUCAUGAAAAUUCCUCAGCACUUUAAGGCUCAUCUCUUUUCUGAACCUACCACUAGGUUUUGUUUGUUUUAACAGAACCACUAACUUUUAUCAUAUAAUAACUAUUUUAACAUUUUUCUUUAUGCCUCA